UCGACUUCUUUGGUUUAUAGCCACGAGGUUUUUAGUAAUAUUUCAAUUUAUUAGUGAAUUAAUAAAAAGAUAACUCGUAUUCUUUAGACAAAAUGCCUCCAAGCAAUUCAUUGCCACCAAAAGAGAAUGCUCUUUUCAAAAGAAUAUUGCGGUGCUAUGAACAUAAACAAUACAAAAAUGGCUUGAAAUUUGCUAAGCAAAUAUUAUCGAAUCCUAAAUUCUCAGAGCAUGGAGAGACCCUGGCUAUGAAAGGGUUGACAUUAAACUGCCUUGGCCGUAAAGAUGAAGCAUAUGAGUAUGUUCGUAGAGGUCUCCGAAAUGACCUAAAAUCACCUGUAUGCUGGCAUGUUUAUGGUCUUCUCCAGAGAUCCGACAAGAAGUAUGAUGAGGCAAUAAAAUGUUACCGCAAUGCAUUAAAAUGGGAAAAGGAGAAUAUACAGAUUCUCCGGGAUUUGUCUUUACUCCAAAUUCAGAUGAGAGAUUUGGAAGGUUACAAAGACACUCGCUACCAACUUUUCAUGUUAAGACCAACACAAAGAGCAUCAUGGAUUGGAUUUGCCAUGAGCUAUCACCUUCUAGGUGACUUCGAAAUGGCCAACAGUAUACUGGAUGCCUUCCGAACCAAUCAGAUGAAAGGUCCAUAUGACUAUGAACAUUCAGAGUUAUUAUUAUACCAAAACAUGGUCUUAGCUGAGUCAGGACAGUAUGAGAGAGCUCUACAUCAUUUACAGAAAUUCCAAAGUCAAAUUCUAGAUAAGUUAUCAAUUAAAGAAACCUCCGGGGAGUAUUAUUUGAAAUUGAAAAGGUAUAAAGAGGGGGAAACAGUAUAUGAAGAUUUGCUCAAACGCAACCCGGAGAAUGUGAUGUAUUAUCAAAAAUUAGUAGAAGCUAAACAGCUUCAUGAUCCUGAUUCAAUUGUGGCCUUCUAUGAAGUAUACAAAAAAGAGUAUCCCAGAGCAAUAGCGCCCAGACGCCUGCAACUGACAGAAGCCAGAAUGCCCUGCUUUGAACAGCUGGUGGACGAAUACUUAAGACACGGCCUCCACAAAGGCAUCCCGCCACUAUUUGUCGAUAUGAGGUCUCUAUACGCUGACGAAAGUAAAGCGGAAACGAUAGAAAAACUGAUUCUACAAUACAUGGAGAAUUUAUCAAACUUCGGCACGUUCAGUUCUGAGCCAGACGAAGAAAAACAGCCAGCUAGUGCGUUAUUAUGGGCCUAUUACUUCGCGGCUCAGCAUUUUGACUAUAAGGAAGACACGGAUCGAGCCCUGCAUUAUAUAGAGGCUGCGAUAGAACACACGCCGACGUUGAUAGAAUUGUUUAUUGUUAAAGGAAGGAUAUAUAAGCACGCCGGAGACCCGGUGUCGGCAUACAAGUGGUUAGAGGAAGCGCAAGCGAUGGACACGGCCGACCGUUACGUGAACAGCAAAUGUGCGCGUUACAUGUUACGCGCGGGACACGUUAAGCAAGCUGAGGAAAUGUGCUCCAAGUUCACAAGAGAAGGAGUGCCAGCGACAGAGAAUCUAAAUGAAAUGCAAUGUAUGUGGUUCCAAACGGAGGCCGCGGCCGCCUACCAGCGUUCGCAGCAAUGGGGAGAGGCUCUCAAGAAGGCGCAUGAAGUCGAUAGGCAUUUCUCCGAAAUAAUGGAGGACCAAUUCGACUUCCACUCGUACUGCAUGCGCAAGAUGACGCUGCGGUCGUACGUCGGACUGCUGCGGUUGGAGGACGUAUUGCGCUCGCACCCGUUCUACUUCCGCUGCGCGCGCGUCGCGAUACAGGUGUACCUGCGGCUGUACGCGCACCCCUUGCAGGACGUGCCGCAGACCACCGAACCGGACACAGAGAAUCUCGCGCCAUCAGAACUGAAAAAACUCAGAAACAAACAGAGGAAAGCCAAACGCAAAGCCGAACAAGAAAGUGCGCUGGCAGCACAGGUUCAGGUGAAACGCGAACAGCAUCACAAAGCGAGACAGCAACAAGAGCAAGGCGACCCAGAAGCGCCGCAGCUUGAUGAACUGAUCCCGGACAAACUUGCGAGGGCGGAAGAUCCGCUAGAGCAAGCACUAAAGUUCCUGCAACCGCUACGGACACUCGGCGCGGAUAGAAUAGAUACACAUCUAAUGGCCUUUGAAAUAUACUUUAGGAAAGAAAAACCACUACUAAUGCUGCAGAGUAUAAAACGGGCAUGGCGGUUGGACAGUUCACACUCUCAUUUGCACGACUGCCUGCUCCGCUUCCGCAGCUGGUUGGACGAGAAGCAGGCGGAAUUACCGCCAAGUGUCGCUGCCGUCAUAGACACGGAAAUGUGGCCGAUGUUCCAAGGGCGUUCAGCACAGACGAUGGCGGAAGCGUACAUGAAAAAGUCAGCGGAGGAGUCCCAACACGCAGCGCUUUGGGGUGCUCGGGGUAUGCGGCGCUUGCAGCCCGCGCGGGCGCCUGAAGCUUUGAAACUAGCUACACGCCUCGAUCUACCGGAAGUCUCUAUACAGGGUUGCGUCGAAGUUUUAGAGAGUCUCAGAGACGGCGAUUUCGGGCCGUGUGAAAAGGAGACAGAGGAAUAUAUCGAAGCGUGUCGUGUUAAAUUCCCGUACGCGAAUGCGUUCAAACCCCCCGCAGAACAGGUGCCUGACAACCACAUCACCGAGGAUAUCCCCCUACAACCUCAGGAGAUAACGUUCAACAUUUGAAGUGUUCCAACCCCCCACCCUCAUUUUCAAUAAUAUACUAUCGUCGAUAGGAAAAAUUUGUAGUAUGUUUUUUGAAAAAUACACUCGGAGUGUCGGAACCAAGUGUUGCCGGUUCAUACUCAAUUUAAUAUUAACAUUUCGGAAUAAUUUACUUUUUACUAACGUAAGCGGAUAGGACGCACUACGGGUUUCUGCUGCGGGCAGCAGGCUUGUAACCCAAAAACACACGUGAUGGGGAUUUUCAAUCUCCCCACAAUUUAACAGGGUUCGCUGAUUUAAAAAAAUUAAAAAGGUGGUUCUUCACCUUGCGCGAAUAUCCAAGACGCGGUUUUUAUAGCUUGUAUUUGUUCCUUGAAUCACAAGUUGCAGAUAAACUACCCGCGGUUUAUCGUAGUGCGUGCAAACACAAAAGCGGUUCGAUUUGAGUGUUUUUGUCAUAUCAGAGAUCGUCACAAAGACUAAAUUGGCCAGUUUAAUAGUAACAGAAAGUUUUCGGAACUAUUUAAUCAUUGCGAGUUAGACUAUACAGUCUCAAAGCCUAAAGUUAUGAUAUUGUUUUUGUUCGAUAGUGUGUAGGCCUUCUUAUAAAUUUUAUUGAAUGUAAUUACUUGAAGUUAUGACUCUUAGGCGAUGCGCAAACCUAGACACAUUUGCGUCUUGUCUCUCUUUGAAGACGAUAAAUAUAUAUAUAUACACUAGCGGACCCCAGCGCCAUCUGAAAUUCAUUCAAAUCGGUCCAGCCGUUUAGGAAGAGUUCAGUGACAUA